AAAUUCUUUAUUUUCAUCUAGAAACAUAUCGCUAAAUUUUCGAUGACGGAAGAUAAACAGAGAAUAUGACCCAAUCAACUGAGCUACGACAGGAGCCUUUAAAGCUGCGGGAAGAGUUACAAAUACGGAGUAUUGGACUACAUCAUCAUGCACCCGAAGAUUUCUUCAGAUCUCAAUGGCAAACGGAGCUUCAAUCAUGCAGAUUUCUUAUAUAUCGCUGGAGUUUGGCUGCCUUCUUCGGGACAGGUGUAAUCUCUUAUUUGAUAUUAUUUUUCAAAGGAGGAACGGUUUUUAUAUACUUAACAAAUUGGAAUUUCAUAUUAUGCGGCGUAACCAGCAUAAGUGGGGCCAUUUUUGUUUCGAUACAUCAUAGAGAUUCAGAUAAAAUGGUAACCCGUCGCUGUCUAGUAAAGUGUUACUGGGCCUGUUAUUGGAUCAAUUUAAUACUUUCGCACAUCGUAUCCAUUGUCUACUGGUUCUGCCUUUAUCGCGACGAGCCAAAACGAAAACUAAUUUAUCAUAUUUACAAUAUUUGGAUUCAUGCAAUGCCUCUGCUGCUCUUCACCGUGGAUCACAUGUUAGUUGCCCAUCCGUCACGUCUGAUGCACUUUCUGUAUCCUUUGCUUUUAGCAAUGGGCUACGCCGGAUUUUCCUAUGUUUACUACUUACUCGGUGGCUUGGAUCCAUUCGGACGAACCUUUAUAUAUAAAAUAUUGGAUUAUGAAAAGCCCAGUCAGGCUUUAAAGAAUAUUGGAUGGAUUUCAGUUCUUUUAGUUUGCUGUUCUGCACUUCAGUACGGUGUCUAUCGCCUUAGAGUUUUUAUAGCUCGCAAAUUGGGCAAACUGCAGUAGUUUAAUAUAUUAAUAAAUACAUUGUUUUUCGUAAAUUCAUUAUAAAUGCAUACCAUUAAAGCAAACUAACCCGA